AUGGUAAGUAUCCUGGAAGCCCAAGUUCCAAUGUUGACGGGCACAAAUUAUGGAAAUUGGAGUAUUCAAAUGAAGGAAUUACUCGGUUUUUAUGAUAUUUGGGAUAUUGUCGAAAGCGUGUAUGAGGAGCCCACAUCAGCUGCUGAAGUAGGCUUGUCAGAUGCUGAGAAGAUGGCGUUAAACGGGUGCAGGAGCAAAAACAAUAAGGCAUGUUUCAUGAUUUAUCAAGGUGUUGACGAUAAUACCUUUGAUAAUAUUGCACAUGUAAAGAAGGCAAAAGACACCUGGGAGAUUCUGCAGAAAUCAUUCCAAGGAGUCGACAAAGAAGAAGAGGUGAGGCCUCAAGUAUUGCAUGGCGAGUUCGAAAAUACGAAAAUUAAAAACUCUGAAAAUAUUGAAAAAAAUGUUACGCGUUUGAAAACGGCAACAAAAGAAUUAAAAAGAAAUGAUGAAAGACUCGAUAGUGAUUGGUUGAAAGAAAAUUGUCUUAGCUCGGUACCAAGGAAAUUUGGUUAUGACGUUUUACAUCUACAAAGAAGUCAAAUGAGUACUCUUCCAAAAUUUCAAGUGUCAAGUCCACAAGCAACAAAUGACUCGAUACGACGACAAGAAUCAAUUGGAGGAAAUACUAGAAAGUAA